CAUCACCGGAUGGAUCCAGUAAUGGGAACCUACCAGAGAGAUGUCCCCGUCCUCUGGAUUCCACACAGGAAGAUAAGACCAUCCCUCACUAUGAUCAGGAUGAAGAAUUGAUUGAUAUUAAAAUAGAAGUUAAAGAGGAAGAAGAGGAGGAUGAUAUAGGAGGUGAUCAGCAAUCAACAGAAGAGGGUGAAAUUAUGGUGACAAUUAAAGAUGAGGAAUCAUCUGUAGAUCUCAGCACAGCUGGAUACGAUGUGUGGAAUUCCCCGGAGGGACCUGUUUUUUUAUCUCCAGAAUAUAACACGGAAGAAAAUGGAAUUGCCAGAUAUUCUGUAGAAGUAAACCCCGCUGUCGAAAACAUACAACCUGCGUUUUACUGUAUAGAUGGAUCACUGGGUACCUCCAAGCCCGAGGAAUACUCUUCAGAUAUUGGUGGACAUCGCAGUGAUAAGACAUUUCAAUGUUCCGAAUGUGAUAAGAGUUUUAGAAAGAACGCCGAUCUUCUUAGACAUAAGAGACUGCACACGGGCCAAAGCUUGUUUUCCUGUUCAGAGUGCGAGAAAUCUUUCAUCUUGAGAUCACACCUUGUUAGACAUCAGCGACAUCACAACGGAGAGCGUCUCUACACUUGUCGUGAGUGCCAGAAAUCCUUCAAACAAAAAUCGGACCUUCUCAAGCAUUUGAAAAUCCAUACUGGCGAAAGACCUUUUGUGUGUACCGUGUGCGGGAAAACUUUUACAGCCAAAUAUAUACUCAUCGAGCACCAGCGCCUGCACACCGGUGAGAUGCCGUUUAAGUGCACGGAUUGCGGGAAGGGUUUUGUACGGAAAGGAACUCUCAUCAUACACCAGCGAACUCACACGAGAGAGAGGCCGUUUUCCUGCCUGGAGUGCGGCAAACGGUUUAAACAGAAACUGUGUCUUGUCCGACAUCAGAAGCUUCAUGAGUUUGAGGAGUCUUUGUCGUGUUCGAAUUGCGGGAAAACGUUUAAAACCAAGUAUGAGCUCCACGUCCAUCAGAGGAUUGAGGCGGGCGAGGAGAUCUUCACGUGUUCGGAAUGCGAGAAAUCGUUUUUGGCCAAAUCGGAUCUUCAGAUACACCAGAGGGUUCACACCGGCGAGAAGCCCUUUUCUUGUUUCGAGUGCGGGAGGAGUUUCUCGGUGAAAGGGAGCCUCAACACGCACAUCAAACUCCACACCGGCGAGAGGCCGUUCUCCUGCCAAGAGUGCGGGAAGUGUUUCAUACAGAAACGAGAACUCCUUAGACACCAAGGAACGCACGUAGCCGAACGCCCUUACUCAUGCUCUGAGUGCGAGAAGUCAUUCAAAACGCAGGCUGAUCUCCUUUUACAUCACAGGGCUCACACUGGCCAGAUCUUUUCAUGCCAGGAGUGCGGCAAAACAUUUCUAAAGAGAUCGAAGCUUCUCAGACACCAGAGAGGGCACUCUGGGGAGAAGCCCUACUCGUGUCCCGAUUGUGGAAAACGGUUCUCGCAGAAGGGGAACCUCGACACUCAUGUCAGAGUCCACACUGGUGAGAAGCCAUUUUCCUGCUCAGAGUGUGGCAAAUGUUUCAUAAAGAAAGGCGCUCUUGCACGACAUCAGCAAACGCAUACGGGCUUGCGGCCAUUUCCCUGUCUGGAGUGCGGAAAGUGUUUCACCCGGAAAUUCAACCUUGUCCAACACCAGAAGCUUCAUGUAGACCAGAGUUCAUUUUCGUGUCCAGAUUGUGGCAAAUGUUUCACUAGAAAAGACAAUCUAAUUCGACAUCGGAAGAAGCAUAUGCUUUGAGGACAUUACCGAACUUCUGGGGGUAUUAAAUAUAAAUGACUCCUUUGACCCAUGGAAGAACUGUGUAGUAAAGAAUUUUUAAAGCGUCAGUCCACCUGAAAGUUAUAUUUUAGUUAUAGAUGGAUCUGCGUUCCCUACUGGCUUUCUUUGUCUCUUGGGGACUCCAUUGAGCUCCUCCAAUCAAAGUUUCUGGUGGCCAUGGGGGUAUUUCAUAAUAGACAUGUGCACUGCCGAAAAAUUUGUUUGUUUUCGUUAUAUU